AUGCUAAGUAAUGUCAAAGAUUUACUCGAGAUAGACACCGAAAUUGGUGUUAUUGACGAAGAAAGAUCGAAUCUGGCCAUUCAAUUAAGCACUGCGCAACAAAAAAUCCUAUCCGAUUCCGAGAAGAUUUCUUUAUAUAGAGAUAUUGCUGAUCGAAUAGAAAAUUGUGAGGACAUUUCAGAAGUUCAAAAAUUAAGAGCUGAAUUUGGUAACCUAAAGGUGUUCGAUGAGUUAGAAGUGAAAUUUACUGAGAGGAGUCUAAUUGAAAACAGGAUCUCCGAAUUGGAACGUGUUAAAUGUGAACUUGAUGAAUUGAUAUCUAAAAAUGUGCAGGAUCUUUCGUUCUAUGAAAUUGCAAUUUUACACGGCAACUUGAAAGAAAUUGCUGAUAGUAAUGUAUUAAUAGAGAGCCCGUUAUUGACAUUAACUAUGGAUUCUUUUGAUAAAAGAAUUAUAUCUAGGUAUGCAGAAUACAUUUCGAUAGAAUACAAUCAACAAUUAUUUAACUCCAAAUGGGAUACUGAGCAUUUUGUUUUAUCGGAUACUGAUACGGUCGAAAGGUUAAACAAAACCUCUUCUUUACUCUUCAAAUUAACACAACUUUACUUCAAUCCUGAAAGCCAGGUGAUGUGGAAUUUCAUAUCCAUUUCUAAUAAUUUUAAAAUUAGAUUCACCUAUCAUUUUCAUAACGAUUCCUCCACUAUUAACCUGUACUUCAAGUUUCUGAAUGACUAUCUGAAGAAUAAUUUGUACAAGUGUAUUAGCAUUUUUGAAGACGAAUCAAUUGGUCUUACGAAACAAUUAAUCCAUGAAGAGUUUAUUAACCAUAUUUUAGACCCAAUUAGGGAAAAAAUAAACAUAACCCUCCUUCAAAAUGACGUUAAAACAUUUAUUACAUUAAUAUCCCAAAUUAUAUCGACGGACAAGAAUUUAGCCAGUCAGUACUUUUAUCGUGGUAAAGGUCUUAUUUCUCUUGUAUCGGAAGAAAGCUGGAAUAAGUGGUUACAAUUCGAAAUCACGACAUCGAAGAAACAAUUUGAAACCAUUACUAACUCACCUAAGGAAUUAAUCCCUUCAGUUCAAAAUUUUUGCAAGUUACUCAAGAAAGUAUAUGAUUAUUUAGAACCUUUUUACGGUUUGAAUUACGAUAACCUUGACAAGUUAAAACUGAAAACCUGCUCCCAAAUAUUUUUACAUCUAUCUGCAGAAUAUCUUGAAUAUGUCAUGACCACAGAUUCUCUGGAUGAAAAUCACAACAAAAUUGAUGAAUUAUUUCAAACAAUGACAAAAUUACAAAUACUGAAUGUUGUCUAUUCAAAGAUUUACGAAUUGUCUCAACAAUUUAUUUUCAUCGAAUUAACAACCCUGGUAAACGAGAGUGAAUCCAAGAGAUAUGUAUCUGUCUUCCAAGAUGUACUGAACUCUUAUAGAGAUAAUAUGGAGAACGAUUUACAAGGUUCUAUAAUCCACAGAAUUCAAAAAUUAUCGAAGGACGCACUUCAGAAUUACUUUAAAAUCAACACAUGGAUAAAUACGGAGCCCAUAACUGAUGAAAACAUCACACCAACUGCAGAAGUUGUCAACUGUAUCACCAUGUUAAAGCGAGUUAUUUCAAACCUGGAUACCUUAAACAUCCCCCAGGAAAUUAGUAUUAAUAUAAAGAACGAAUUGCUAAACAGAUUGGUAAAUUACUUUGUGGAAUCAAUAUUAAAACUUAAUAAAUUUAAUAGCCAGGGCCUUCUUCAGUUCGAAACAGAUUUCAAAGCUGUUAAGGACACGCUAAACUUACCAGACGGCCACAAUAAUUACCAGAGUAAUACCCUGAAGGAAAUAUUAACUAUUCUACGUCUUAAAUAUGACAGUUCAGCCGAAAAAUAUAUUCAAAAGAGCUAUAUUAAGAACGGGGAGUUUUCGAAACUUAAGCAAGAAAUGAAUAUUCAACUUUUGAAUGAUUCAGAGAUACAGGAUGCAUUAUAUAGAAUACAAUUAAAUAAUAUAGUUUAA